UCAGCUAGUGGGAUGGUGCACCCGGCCCGCGUGUUGCGCACAGCCCAGCGCGGGAGCUCGGUCAUCGCAGAAUCCGCCCGGCGGGUACAAGGACGGGGUGGGGCUUCUGCGCCCGACCCCCUCCCGCGCUAUAAAGGGAGCUGCCGGCUCCUGGGCGUCACCACGCCUUUCACCUGUGUCGCAGCGUGUUUGCUUCUGGAUUGAGAACUCCCGCUUCUCCUUGCCUCGAGAUGGACCCCAACUGCUCCUGCUCACCUGGUGGCUCCUGUGGCUGUGCUGGCUCCUGCAAAUGCAAAGACUGCAAAUGCACCUCCUGCAAGAAGAGCUGCUGCUCCUGCUGCCCUGUGGGCUGUGCCAAGUGUGCCCAGGGCUGCAUCUGCAAAGGGAUGUCAGACAAGUGCAGCUGCUGUGCCUAAUGCCAGGACAGCCUUGCUCCCAGAUGUAAAUAAAGCAACCUGUAUAAACCUGGAUUUUCUUUUGUACAACCCUGACCCAUUUGCUACAUUUUCUACAAAAUAUGUGAAUGGCAAUACAUUCAUCUAGACUA